GGGAGAAGGGCGAGGGCGGCUGGAGGGAGGGGCACAGAUGCCCCCCCUCCUCCCUCCCCACGGGACCAGACCAAAAAUUGCGGCAAAAAACCACCCAACCCCCAACCAAGCAUCCCCCGUGCCCUGCGCCCGGCGUUGGCACUGAGCAUGGAGGGAGGGCUGCCCCUCGGGGGGCAGGACCGGCCGGCGGCGGAGGCCCGGGCAUUCGUGGGGCUGGACUUCCCCCUACCCACCUACCGGGGCAAACCCAGGAGGGGCAUGAAGCGCGACCAAGGCAAGGAGACUUACAAACUGCCCCACAGAUUGAUAGAAAAGAAAAGGCGAGACAGAAUUAACGAGUGCAUCGCCCAGCUCAAAGAUUUAUUGCCCGAACAUCUGAAACUGACGACGUUGGGACAUCUGGAAAAGGCAGUAGUUUUGGAAUUAACUUUGAAACACUUAAAAGCUCUAACGGCCCUGACGGAGCAGCAGCAUCAGAAGAUAAUCGCUUUGCAGAAUGGGGCGGCACCCUGCGGUAAGAGGCGGCGGAGGGGGGGGAGGAGGGGGAGGGGGCGGCGUCCCCCCCCCGCCCCCGGGGGCCCGGAGCCCCCCCGGACCAACUGCGUGCCCGUCAUCCGCCGGCCGCGGGCCUCGCCGGACACCGACACGGACAGCGGCUACGGCGGGGGCGGGGGCGGCGGUUGCCCCGGCAACGGGCCCGUGAAACGGGAGCCCCCCGCCGCCCCGGACCCCGCGCCCCCCAAGCGCCCCCGUCCGGCCGCUGGCGGCGUUGCCGUUGGCGCCCCCCCCGGCCUGCUCCGCUCCCUGCUGGCCCUCGCCGCGCCCCCCGCCGGCCCGCUCUGCCUGCCCUUCUGCUUCUUCGCGCCCUCCGCCGCCUACCUGCAACCGCUGCUCCACAACUACCUCCUGCACGCCGGGCACGGGGGGCACGCCGGGCACGGGGGGCACACCGGGCACGGGGGGCACCCCCCCACGCCCCUGCUCUACCCCUGCCUCGCCUCCGUCUUCGCGCCCCCUCCGGACAGGGACGGAACCGCAACCGCCGCCGCCGCCGCCGCCGCCGCCGCCUUUCCCUGCCUCUCCUCCGUCUUCGCGCCCCCGCCGGACAGGGCGGGGACUGCAGCCGCCGCCGCCUCCGUCUCCGCGCCCCCUCCGGACAGGGCGGGAACUGCAACCACAACCGCCGCCGCGGCCUUUCCCUGCCUCUCCUCCGUCUUCGCGCCCCCUCCGGACAGGGCGGGAACCGCAGCCGCCACCGCCGCCUUCCCCAGCCUCGCCUCCGUCUUCGCGCCCCCUCCGGACAGGGACGGAACUGCAACCGCCACCGCCGCCGCAGCCUUCCCCAGCCUCACCUCCGUGCUGGCGCCCCCUCCGGACAGGGCGGGAACUGCAGCCGCCGCCGCCAACUUCCCCAACCUCUCGUCCGUGCUGGCGCCCUCUCCGGACAGGGCGGGAACUGCAGCCGCCGCAGCCGCCUACCCCAACCUCUCGUCCGUGUUGGCGCCCUCUCCGGACAGGCCGGGAACAGCAGCCGCCCCUUUCCCCAACCUCAACUCCGUCUUGGCGCCCCCUCCGGACAGGGCCGGAACUGCAGCCGCCCCCUCUGCAGCCUGCUUCCCCACCCUCUCCUCCGUGCUGGCGCCCUCUCCGAACGGGGCAGGAACUGCAGCCGCCGCCGCCUUCCCCAACCUCUCCUCUGUGCUGGCGCCCUCUCCGGAGACAGUCCGAACUACAGCUGCCGCCACCGCAGCCUUCCCCAGCCUCUCCUCCGUGCUGGCGCCCUCUCCGGACAGGGCCAGAACUGCAGCCGCCACCGCCGCCUUCCCCAGCCUCUCCUCCGUGCUGGCGCCCUCUCCGGACAGGGCCGGAUCUGCAGCCGUCGCCGUCUUCCCCAGCCUCUCUUCCGUGCUGGCGCCCCCUCCGGACAGGGCGGGAGCUGCAGCCUCCCCCCCCCUCGCCGCCGGCCCCGCACCUGCCGGAGCCAAGGCGGAGCCCGGAGCCGGAGCGCCCCCUUGUGGAGGACCGGGAAACCCCCUGAGAGACCCUGCCCCUUCCCUUCUCCCUCCUCCUCUCCUGCCAGGAGGGAGAGCUCCUAAUGCUAUUAUUAUUAUUAUUAUCAUAUUAUGUGCAUCCUCGCAGAAUCGUGUCACCGCUGCACGGCAGGUAGUGGGGCUGGAUGCAUUUUCCUUUUUUUCCUUCGUGAGCUGCUGGUUGGCGGGCGACCCCUUGUGUCACUCCCAUUCUGCUGUAGAAGACCCCUGGAGGUGUGUGUUUGUGUGUGUGUCUCCCUCUAGACAGACGGAGAUAUACAUAUAUUUUGGAUGUAUCUUUUCGAAGGUUCUAAAUGGAAGACAAAACGUACGGCUCGCUUUCUGUCCAUCUAGGUAGGUAGAGAUCUCUGUCCACCUAGAUGAUG